GCACCCCUAACCAAUCCUUGUCGCUGAAAGAUCCGAGAGCAGUAGCGUCCCUGUACGUCUAUCAUCAACAGUUUGGCCAUGCAGGCCGCCGCCGCCUCGGCGCCGGCGCCGCGCCACCGCGUGUACACGGCCGUCGAGCCCCGGUGCGAGUGGGCGCGCGCGGCCGACGCCGACACCCUCGUCGUCGACGUCUCAGGGUUCAUGAAGGAGGAGCUCAAGGUGCUCUACAACACCAGCCGGAAGCUCAAGGUGGCCGGCGAGCGCCCCGUCGGCGACGGCCGCGGCGCGCGAUGGGCGAAGUUUCUCAAGUCGUUCCCGGUGCCUAGGAGCGUCCGUGCCGGCGGCAUCAGGGCCGUGAUGGACAAGGACCAGGCCGUGCUCUACGUCAUCCUGCCCAAGGGAUCACCACUAUCACCACCCCCAGGUCCGCCACCGCCGCCACCACCGUCGUCCAUGGCCACGCAGAAGGAGCAGCAGCCUGGAGGCGCUCUGCCCCCGCCUCACGGAGAGCGGAAAGGCGAUGGCUCGUCGGGCAGCAGCAGCAAUGGCAGCUUCUGGAGCGCACAAGAGGGCGCAGAGAAGAACAAGGCUGAAGAGAAGAAUAAUAUGGUGCCUAAGGAGACCAGGAUUCAGAUACAGGAGGAGGAGGAGAUUGCCACACCAGAUGCACCAAGAACCGAUGGUGGUGAUGAUGACAAGAGGUGGUGGGAGAAGCUCACACCUCUGCAUGCUGUUGGCUUCAUUGUUAUCGUCCUUGCGGUGGUAGGGGUUGGUGCACUGUACGCAACGCUGCUACUCUGAAUCAUGUGUAAAAGACUACAAUUUCUGUACCCUGCCUGCCUAACUGUCAUCUGAGAACAGAUUCACAAAUAAGCAGACAACUUGUGGAAAUCAAGGAGGAACUGAGAGAUGCACAACAAUUUUCAACUCCCUUUAUAACCGCAACGAGACACAAGCUCAAGACCGCACAGCCACCAAACAUAGAUACAACAUGUCAACACAUAGCAGUUUACC